GCAUCACUCUCUUCAUUAGAUGAGCUCUAAGUUGACUGACAGUUAAAGUCAACUAAAGUUCCAAUCCAGGUUGUAAUGAAAUCGACGAACAAAAUUCAUUACAACCCAUUAUUCAGAUUAAACAAGGAAAAGAGAAGAAGAAAAUAUUCUUCUCAUUCAGAAUUCUUGAUCCUUAAACAUGCAACUUGACGAGAGGUGGGCCGUCACUAUGAUUAGGCAAAAACUUAGCCAUCUGUCCGUGGCUCAAUCGGAGUGUACUAUUUAUAGAGUACAUAAGCAUUUACGCAGUGUGAACGACAAGGCUUAUGAACCUGAAGUUAUAGCAAUCGGCCCUUAUCAUCGCGAUAAAGGCAAUCUAAAGAUGAUGGAAGAUCACAAGUUGCGUAAUUUGCAUUUACUUCUUCAGCGUAAGAAUGAUGACGUCGAAAAAUAUGUCUCGGCUAUCGGACCACUGGAGCCACUAGCACGCAAAUGUUAUGCUGAGACUAUUAGCCUUAGCGCUGCUGACUUCAUAGAAAUGCUGGUUUUGGACGGCUGCUUCAUAAUUGACUUGGCACGAAAAUCUAACAUGCCGCACUUGAGAGAGAAGAAUGAUCCGAUCUUCCACAUGGAGUGGAUCAUGAAUAGCUUGCAGCGAGAUCUGAUGCUGUUUGAAAAUCAAAUUCCGUUCUUUGUUCUGUGUAAGUUGUUUGACUUGAUCGAGGUCCCAAACCAACAUAGCCGGUUGAUAUAUCUUCUGCUGAGUUUUUUCGACAAUCUCUACCCUGGAAAAGUAUACGUAGAGAGUAGGAGUUGGAGUUCGCAUGAGAUAAAGCAUUUACUUGACUUGAUACACAGAAACUGGCUUCCAUCAUUUGAUUGGUUGGAUGUGAGCAAAAAUGGAGAGAAUAGAAAGAAAAGAUGGCGGUUUGUUAAUUGUGGGACUUGCCUUGGAGGAGCUAAUGUGAGCAAAGGCGAGAAUAGUAAAACAAGAUGGCGGUUUAUUAAUUGUGCGACUUGGCUUAGAGAAGCUAAUGUGAAAUUUGCAAGACGUGACGAUGUUACUUUGUUCAAUAUAAGAUUCAAGAAUGGAACUAUGUUCCUGGCACCUUUGACGGUUGAAGAUAGGACGGAUUCUUUCUUCAGGAAUGUCAUCGCAUAUGAGCAAUAUUUUCAGGAUACAGAGUUCAGUUUCGUGACGGACUAUGUGAAGUUCUUGGAUUGCCUUAUCGACUCUUCAAGAGACGUUCAAAUACUUGGUCGGGCUGGGAUUAUUGACAAUUGGCUCGGUGACGAUGAAGUGGUGGCCAACAUGAUCAACAAACUUUCUGAUUCUGUGACGGGUCCUGGCAGCAGUUUCGUUUAUGCUAAGAUCUUCGACAGCGUAAACAAGCAUUGCAAUAAACGUAGAAAUAGAUGGAUGGCCAAGCUACGGCGAAACUAUUUGAAUAGCCCUUGGGCUAUUAUGUCCAUUGUUGUUGCUGUUGUAUUGGUUCUACUCACAAUAACACAAACUGUGUUUUCUAUACUGCAGGUGGUUUGAACUAUUGCAUUGCACAGUUAAACCCUACUAGAGAUCUGUGUAGCACAUUCAUUUUGUAAUAAUGUGUAUGGACAUUAAUAUCUGCUCA